AUGCGCGCGGCGGCGGCCGCCGCGGCGUCGCGAGCGCGAGCCGUCCGAGGGGCGCCGCCGUGUCGAACACGCCGUCGCGGAUUUCUUCGCGCGAGCGCGCCGCCGUCGUCGUCGUCCUCCUCCUCCUCCUCCUCCGCGGACGCGGCCGCGGCUGUUGCGCCGAGCAAGGGCCCGCUGAAGAAGAGCGUCCCGGUCACCCCCGACGCGCUCGCGGCGUUCGCGGCGCUGCGACGAGAGAUCUUCAGAGCGAACGACGCCGACGACGACGCGACGACGACGCCGUCGCCGUCGUCGUCGUCGUCCCUCGUCGAGACGACGCGCGCGGCGCUCGGAGGCCCGCUGCACGCGUCCCUCCGCGCGUUCGCGAGACGCCAGUGCGACGUCCUGGAGGCCGCGGCGGUCGACGUUUCAUCUUCCGCCUCCUCCGUCGCCCCUCGAGAGGACGAGACCCUGGACGUGUUGUACCGCCACCGGCUGCUCCUCGUGCAAGCGCGGCGCGGGUACCGAUGCAACGUCGACUCGCUCGUCCUCGCGUCGCACGUCUCUCGCGUCCUCGCGGAGGAGGAGGCGGCGGCGGCGGUGGCGGCGGAGGAGGAGAAGGAGGAAUGCGAACCGUCGCGGAGGGAGAAUAUGGAACGUCGACCGACGCGGAUCGCGGACCUCGGCGCGGGCGCCGGCGUCGUCGGCGUUUCCCUCCUCGCUUCGAACGCGUCCGCCGAGGUGCUCCUCGUCGAGAAGCAACCGCGCCUCGCGGGACGGUGCGCGCGGAACGCGAUCGCGAACGGCGUGGACCGACGCGCGGUGACGAUACGCGCUGACGUGGCGAAUCUAUGCGCUGACGUGUCGGACGGCGAUUCGUCGUCGUCGUCGGCGGUCGCCGCCGCGUGGGCGGGGACGUGCGACGUCGUCGCGUGUAACCCGCCGUACUACCCGGCGGACGAGGGUAAGGCGCGAGGGACCGCGCCGGGGACGAUCGAGCGCGAAGACGCGCACUACGAGCGCGGCGGCGGGACGUUUCGCGCGUUCGCCGCCGCGGGCGCGAGGCUUCUGCGGCGGGGGAAGGGAGAAGGAGAGGGGCCCGAGGGAGAGGAGAGGGGGAGGGAGAAGAGAACGAACGCCGCUUCGAUGCACGUGAUCUACCCCGCGGAUCGUGUCCGCGACGCUUGGGACGCGGUCGACGCCGCCGGGCUGCGUAAGACGACGACGCGGUACGUAUACCACGACGCGAAGGCGGAGGCGGACGGCGCGCCGACGCUCGCGCUGGUCGACGCGCGGUUUCCGGACGGGACGGAGGCGGCUUCGGAACUUCGUCGGGUGGCGCCGCCGCUGGUGUUGUACGCGGAAGGCGGAGCGUCGAGCGGCGGCGGCGGCGACGGGGUGAUAUACGCGCCCGAGAUAGAGGCGUUCAUAGCGUCGAUAGGAGGCGCGGGGGUAGUAGACGGAUAUCGAUGA